GUACUCGUAUAUAAGGAGCUUGAAGCGUCGAGUUUUUAUCAGUCAGUCAUCUUGUCAUUAUCCGUGCUGCUGGACCUGUUUAUUUUUUUCAUAGACCUUUGUCGAUCCUGUCUUUUAUUCCUUGUACGCAAAAAUGGUGUCCGUCAAGUUAUGCAUCGUUCUGGUCGUCUGCACGAUGUUGGUAACGGUGGUUUCGGCCAAGAAGAAAAAGGGCCAGCAGGGCGCGAAGUGCAAGAGCAGCGCUGACUGCGACACGGAUAACGGCUUCUUCUGCAAGAUCACCGGCAUGGGCAGCAACGGCGAGGUCAACGGACACUGCGAGGUGCAGCUGGACCACCGCGGCCCCAAGGGUGACCCCAAGCCCUCCAAUCCCGAACGCCCCCAGACCCCCGAUUCGCCCGCGCCCCCCUCACCCGUCAAGACCAACAAGAACAAGGGUAAAGUGUGAUGCGUUAAAUUCCCUUUUGCACACAGUGUAAUAUUUUUCCUCCGUCGUUUGUUUUCUAUGGAACGCAAUGGUGGUGAUAUUGUUGAAUUUUUGUGAUAUGCGUUAUUGUACUAGCAUGAAUGAUGUCCUUCUCUGGCAUUUCCACCGCCGAAAAGCGUUUAUGCUGCUGUGUGAUAUUGUAAAUUGCCUGUAAAAAGUUUUUUAUGUACUCCGUAUUGUAUGUACGCUUGUACAGUUUAGAAUAUAUGAAUCAAGAGAAAAACGAUUAAAGAUUCGUAAUUUUGCUCCGUAU